AUGGCCGGUUCGCAACUGAAAAAUCUAAAAGCUGCCUUGAAGGCUCGUGGGCUCACUGGUCAAACAAAUAUUAAAGGUAAGAGUAAGAAGAAUCCAAAGAGACAAGCAAAGGAGUAUGAUCGAGAAGAGAAAAAUAGGGCUAUUGCCGAAAUCAGAGAGGAAUUCAAUCCGUUCGAAGUGAAGGCUGCCAGGAACAAGAGAAGAGAUGGUCCGCCUUCUAAAACUGCUGAUCGUGUUGCAGUGGGUAAACCUGGUAUCUCUAAGCAAAUUGGUGAAGAACAAAGAACACGUGCAUUUGAAGCAAGAAAGAUGAUGAAGAAUAAACGUGGUGGUGUGGUUGAUAAAAGAUUUGGUGAAAGGGACAAGUUGUUGACCGAGGAAGAAAAAAUGUUGGAACGUUUCACUAGAGAAAGACAAAGCCAAUCCAAGAGAAAUACGAAUUUGUUCAAUCUUGAAGAUGAUGAAGACGAUGGCGGAAUGUUUGGAGACGGUCUUACACAUUUGGGCCAAACACUGUCUUUGGAAGAUGAAUUAGACAACGGCGAAGAUGAUUUCUUAACUUCCAAACGAUUUAACGAUGAUGAUGUUGAACAACAGCAACCUCAGAGGAAAAAGACUAAGGCAGAAGUCAUGCAGGAAGUCAUUGCAAAAUCAAAGUUCUAUAAGCAGGAAAGACAAAAGGCUCAAGGGAUAAUGGAGGACCAAAUAGACGACUUAGAUGAAGAUUUCGAAGAUGUUAUGUCCGAAUUGAUGACUACACAGCCCAAGAAAAAGCCAAUGGAACCCAAGACUGAUCUAGACAAGGAGUACGAUAUUAGAGUAAAAGAACUGCAACUGGAUAGGAGAGCCGCCCCAACUGAUAGAACAAAGACUGAAGAAGAGAAAAAUGCUGAAGCUGAAGAGAAAAAACGUGAAUUGGAACAGCAACGUCUUGAUCGUAUGAAUGGUAUGAUCGAACUGGAGGAAGGUGAAGAAAAGGGUGUAGAAGAUUUGGAUGACGGUUUUUGGGAUAAUGACAAUGAUUACGAAGAAGGCAAUGAUGAAAUUGCCAACUCCGACGAUGAUAUCAACCUCGAAAAUCAGGACCAAGAUGAUGACUUUACCCAAGUCUUGAAGAAAAAAAACAUCUCCAUUUCUUGCCCUGAAACACAUGAUGCACUACUGGAACAAGUAAACAAGUUGAAUUUGGCUGACCACCCUAAGAUCAUCAAAAAUAUCGUCAAAGCCUAUCAACCAAAAUUGGCCGAAGGUAAUAACCAGAAACUGGGACAAUUCACUGCCGUUUUACUGAGACAUAUUAUUUUUUUAAGUAAUCAAGACUAUUCCAAAAACGUCCAAGUGUUCGAAAAGACCCAAAAUGCAUUGAUCUCAAUUUUAAAAUCCCUUUCAGACAAAUAUAAUAAAGCCCUUUCGGAAGAGUGUAGGGAAUGUAUCAACGAAAUGCAAGCACGUUUUAAAAAUGACUAUUUCGAUGGUCUUUCAAAUGGUGAUUUGGUUUUCUUCUCUGUUAUUGGUACAUUAUUCUCUACCUCUGAUCAAUACCAUUUGGUAAUAACUCCUUCGCUGAUCCUAAUGAAUCAAUUUCUGGAACAGAUCAAAUUUAAUUCUUUGAAAAGAAUUGCAUUUGGUGCGAUUUUGAUAAGGAUCGUUUUACAGUAUCAACGUAUCUCCAAAAGGUAUAUACCAGAGGCGGUUUAUUUCUUCCAAAAGGUUUUAUUCACUUUUAUAGUUGAAAAGAAAAACCAAGACAAACCAUUAGACUUUGAAACUAUUAGAUUGGAUUCUUAUGAGUUGGGACUUCCAAAAGAUGCUGAUUUUUCGGAAAAUAGAUCUAGUGUAAUUCCAUUGCAUAGUUUAUCAACAAUGGAUGAAAAGCUGCAAUCAGUAAACCUGAAAACCUGCUUAUUAUCAAACAUUAUGGAAUCAUUAGAUGUAACAAUCUCUACUGUGUGGAAAGAAUUGCCCGCUUUUCAAGAAAUUAUUUCACCCAUUCAAAAACUAUUAAACGUAUAUGCUUUGAGAUAUCCUGGUUUUGUAAAGGCAAAAAAUCUUUUGAGCAAGAUCGAGAAACUAUUGAAAUUUACAGAACAUAUCCCACUAGCUUUACAAAACCAUAGGCCCAUAUCCAUACCUACACACGCACCUAAAUAUGAAGAAAACUUCAAUCCUGAUAAGAAAUCUUAUGACCCUGAUAGAACGAGAAGCGAAAUAAAUAAGAUGAAGGCUCAACUGAAGAAGGAACGCAAAUUCACUAUGAAAGAAAUUCGUAAAGAUGCCAGAUUUGAAGCUAGACAAAGAAUCGAUGAAAAGAACAAGGAAAGUAGUAACUACCAUGCAAAGAUGGCUCAUAUCGUCAAUACGAUCAACACAGAAGAAGGUGCCGAAAAGAACAAGUACGAAAGGGAAAGAAAAUUACGUGGAGGGAAGAAGUAA